AUGGCCAGUCUCAUGCACGAUAUGCAGGCCCCUGGAGUGGUUCUGGUUGAUGACGGAUACCAUACGGGCAUAGAUGCGGAAGUUGAUGAAGCUCGUCUCAACAAUCAGAGCAUGCAUCGGCAGAGUAUCGCCAGUGUCGGUCAACGACGGGAGAGUCUGGCUGGUGGUGGUGGCGGCGGCGGGAGUGAGACUGGUAUGCUGGAUCGAAGGAAUAGCGUGGCUGAUUCCAUGAAGAGCUUACUCCUUGGAAGAAGAGGGAGUGGUAGUAAAUGA